AUGGUAAAAGCUGGAGAACAUGGAAGUUCUGGAAGGAGAAGAAGCUCUGGAGCAUCGGAGAAAUCCGAAGAGAAUAAACAAGUUAAAGAUGAAGAGGCCGACGGAAGCAAGACAGCAUCACCUUCAUUACCUUCAUCAAGUGAGGUUAUAAACGAACAUGAUGGAGCGGAUGAGCAGGAACAUGAAACCCCAACUGGAUCAGUGCAUAGUAGUAGAGCGUCUUCACCACAUGCUGUUUCCAAUCAAAAUGAAAGUGGCGGUAAGGAUGGGAAGAGUUCCUACUCUCGACGAAAAAGGGCAAGCAGUCACAUCGCAUCAGUGAUAUGUCAAUUUGUUGACACCUCUGGACGAGGGAUUGUGUGCAAACAACGAGCAAUACUCGGCUAUAAGUUUUGUAUACGACACAUAUUGCUGGACCCUUCAGCGCCGUACAAACAAUGCGAACACCAUCGGAAACCAAAAAGUAAGAAAGACAUAGCAACUCGUUGUACGAAUGCAAUUAGAAAAGAUAAGGAGGAGAAUUUCUGCAGUACCCAUUUGAUCAUGAACGGGAUGAAGGAAGCGAAGAAGAAAGAGAAGAACGCAAGUGCAGCUAAUAAUGAAAGUGCUGAACCAACAGAUACCGCUGAGACUACUCCGGCGUUAGCAGUAAGCAGUACUGCUGCACCGGUAACCGUCCCGGUGCCUUCUAUUUCAUCCCAACAGCAAAUGUCGCUUGACUCUUCUCUUGGAACUCUCCCACCUCUUUCCACCAAUGAUGCUUUCCCAUCAUUGACAACAGCAUGUGUUGAUGUUUCCGCUAUACCACCGCCUGUGUCGACCCCUCCUCGUCCAGCAACAAUUCCUACGCCUAUUCAAACUAGUAUCAUGUCCAGACAGCCAGUUAUGGCACCGGUAACUUUAGCCGCGGCACUAUCGUCAACACGGCAAUCCCUAUUGCCGAAUGUUCCACCGCCUACAACAACAUUGCGACAAUAUGUGCAAAGCGCUGCCGCACAUCUUUCUGGGACCCAACUACGACAAACUGUCCCAAACACAAACGUCGCCACGGUACGACCACAACAAGCGCUAUUUCCUGUCGCAAUCGCUGGAUCUGUUCGGGAUACGCGUCAACCAGUUCUAGCUCAACUAAACAUGGAAACAAAACGACACUAUGGAGUUCCUCCCGGAUUGGUAUCAUCAUUAGAAGCUCAAGCUGCAGGCGGAAGUGCAGAUGUGCCGAACAAUAUGACAACGGUGAUUCCUCAGCAAGUUGCUGCCCUCCAAGAGAAUCGAGUUCUCGUGCAACAACCACAAAUGGCUCCAUAUCAAAAUAUGGAACAACAAUGUAUUCAAACAACUGUAUGCCCAUCUCCAAUUGUGGACGCACAAAUACCGGCACAACAUAUUCAAGUGCAACGGAUUCCUAUGUCUGUUCCCGGGCAACAAAUAACGGUACAACAACAACAGCAACAACAACUGCAACAAUUACAACAACUGCCACAACAACAAAGAGUGAAUAUCAAUCAGCGGCAGCUACCUCCCGGUGCAUUAGCUGCGUUACGCGCACAAGCACUCCGUAGUCGAUCUCUGUCUGCAACAUCCAUCCAGAGGAACCAUCCACAACUGGCAGCGAAGCUUCUGGAAGGUGGAGUGAGAGGUGCACGAAAUUCGCGCUAUGCCGCCGCUUUGGCAGCCGCGAUUGCUCGCCAAAGUCAGCCUCUUCCUUGGAACGCUCCACCCAUUGCUCGGCGAACCCCACCAACAAGUGAUGAGGAAGACGUUAGCAAGAACAGCAGUGGAAAUAAGGUCAUUCGCCUCCGUAUGAAACGACAACGUAGGCGAAUGGUUGGCGUAUACCGUGCCAUCCCCGAGAUCGACUCUAUGUGCCGCGCAGUGGAAGAUGCGGACUAUGACAAAACGGAUUUGUUUCCGCUAGGUUUGGAACCAUCGGAUGAUGAGGAUUCAACAUAUCCUUCGUCAUGUGUACUUCCAACUGCUAGCUUGGCUGUAUCUAGUUACUCCGGUGAUUUGUCCACUCAAUUAUACCUCAUCAAGAAGCAGUUACGAUUGGAAAGACAUGCACUGUUAAAGCAGGCCCAAUUGAACGCUCAUAUAAUGUGUGCCUCAAGAAGACUACCGCUAAGUGUUGGCGCAGCUCUACGCCAACGAUCGGAUCCGUCUCCGCCACCGGUUCAGUUACCACCGGCGACAUUACGAAGGUGUUGUCAGCUGGACAAUACAAAUAAACAACGAUGUGAACGUGCGUGCUUGCCGAUGUCGAAUCAUUGUGCGCAACACGUUCUUUACAACGUUAAUCAACGGUUGUUCUCGUUUUGUACUCAGUCGUUUUGUCGCCGACCUGUGAACUCCAUUGAUGCACUGCUUUGGGAUGGAAAAUGUUCAGUUCAUAGGCAGUCUAGGGAAGAUAGAUAUGGACCUGCUCCACUGUAUGAAACCAGUUCCUUUAUGGGAUCAGCGUCUUCAAUUGGUUCACCAUUAGGCGAUGAAUCGUCGGCGGCAAGUCCAAUGCCUCAUACUGAUCCUCAUCAUGUUUUUCUUACCGACACCACUGCACCAAUGGACUGCCAACUAUCGCUAGAUGUAUCCCAUUCAUGGGAUGAUGUUACUGAAUUUCUUAUGUCGGAAGGGAACGCUCCGUGCCUUCGUUCAGUGACCAUUGAGCCGAUAUUCUAUAUAUUUUACCUCGAAUUGGUUCACAGACGUGGUGGAUAUCAGCCAAACAUGUGGCGACUUAACGUAUUUCUACAAAAAAUCCAAGUUUCUGCUCGUCAACUCUAUUCUCCGCCACGGAUCGGCGAUGGACGUUACCACACGGUAGCUGGUAGCUGGUUAAUUGCACAAGAACCCCUUAGGGCGGAUGAACCGAACAAUGAGAACAACUGGAGGCCCCAGCAUUCAUGGUUUGUUACCGACGGUUCUGUAUAG